AUGAGUCACUGUGACCACGAGACUUUAAAUGCGGAACAAACAAAUUUUGCAGUUGGUGAUGUUGUAUAUGUCGGUCCUGGGACCCAGCGGAUAGGUAAAAUUGAAUUCAUCGGAGAGACGCAGUUUGCCAGCGGAUUGUGGAUUGGUGUAAAUUUAUUUUCACCAUGUGGGAAGAAUGAUGGCUGUGUCGACGGUGUGACUUAUUUCACUUGUAGUCCAUUGCAUGGGAUAUUUUCCAAGUGCGGUAAUGUCCGACUUGCCCCAAACCCUAUACCUGAGGAAUCCUGCUCAAAAGUUUGUGCAACAAUUCCUGAUAAUGAUAAAGCGGCAGACAGUCAAUCAAAACAAAAUAGCGUUUUAGAUGUCAAUAGUGUCUGUUCAUCCAAGGUGUCGCUAGUAAACUCUCCUGCCUAUGCACCUGGACGAAAUACUUUGCAAAUUGGUGAUCAUGUUCAGGUUUCUGGAGGUCGAAUCGGUAUCCUCAGAUAUCUUGGGCCUACAGAGUUUGCUGUUGGCGAAUGGGCUGGUGUUGAGUUGGAUAGCCCUAUUGGGAAAAACGAUGGCUCAGUUGCUGGCGUACGAUAUUUUACUUGUAAACCAAAUUAUGGCCUGUUUGCAGCUGCUAAUAAAGUUGUACCUGCCGGUAGUAAGGAUGAAUUUUGUACAUCUGGUUUUGACGCAUCAAAACACAGUCAAACUCGCCGGAGUCAAGAGUCAUUACUAUCCUAUUCAUCCAAUUUGAGCUCAGUAUCUCGGUCUUAUCGUCUAAAUCAAGUUAAUAAUGGAUUACAGAGUCGUAAUAGUGUAGCUGGUAACCGAAGGCCUAUAUCAUCAAUGAACACUUCAAAUCGUCGAGAAUCUAUAUCUAAUUUACAAACAUUACAGCGUUUAGUCAAGGAAAAAGAAGCGCAUAUCGAGCAACUUUUACAGGAACGUGAAAUGGAACGUUCUGAUUUAGCCAAAGUUACUUUAGAAAGAGAAAUGGCUCAAGCUGAAACAUUGAAUCAACGAGCUGUGAUACAACAAUUGAACCAACAAUUAGAAAAUAUGGAAGCUGUUCUUCAACAUUUACGCGAUGAACAUGAGCAAACAACGAUUAAGCUACAUGAAGAACGAAAAAAUCUUGAAGAUUUACAAUUUCGAAUAGAAGAAGAAAACAUUGACAAGAGCACAGUUGAAUCACAGAAUGCAGACGAUGAAUCGAAAAUAUUUGAACUGGAAGAAGCUUUAAUGUCAGCUCGUGAAACGAAUGAACGAAUGGAAUUAGAAUUAAAUAAAUUACGAAUAGAAUUAAAUGAUAUUUUACAAAAACAAGCAAAAGCUUUAAAUCAGAAUGAUGAAAACAAAUCACAAAUCCAGGGAAAACCAUCUCUUCAAUUAACUGGACUUGUAUCUGAGACAUCUAUUACUCCAACUGAAAACGAAGGCGAGUCUUUACAAAAUGAAUGUGAACGGUUACGUCAUUUGUUGGCUGAGCGUCAGACUGAAGUAGAAAUUAUGCUAAAGCAUCAAGCUGAAACAAUUGAGUCAUUAACUGUUGAGUUUAAUGGACAAGUUGAAAAACUAAAUUGUCAGUUGCAGAAUUCUUCAAAUGAAAUUCAGACCUUCAAAAAUGAGAAUAACCUACUAAAACAACAGAAUAAUGAAUUAGUCCUAAGUUUAAAGAGUCAAAUUGAUCAGUUAAAUGAACAAUUGGCAGAACAGGAAAAAAUUGCUAGUGAAAAAUUAUCCAUGUUUGAAAAUCGGAUUAAAGAGUUGAAUGAUUUAUUAGACGCAGAGAAAACUAAAUCAACCUCAUCUUCUAAUCAGUCCCAGAUGACCAGUGGAGAUUUAAAGAAACUAAAAGACCAACAAAAUGCAACUAUGCAAGAGUUAUCUGAUUAUCAGAAUGAUGUUUUAUCGGCUGUGGAAUCCAUUCAUGCUGUACAGAUAGAAGAAGUGAAUAAUUUGCAAUCAAUUAACAAAAUCACUAAUAAUGAUAUUAAUACUGUAUCGAAUGAAGAGACUAUUCAGUUAUUAUUGGAAAAACUUAAAUUACAAGAAGAACUAUUCAAUGAACAAAAAGAUCAAUUGGUUAAUAUUCAACGACAAACUAUAACACUGAAUCAAGAUAAAGAGAAUUCUGACAAUAAACUUAAUGAAAUUGAAAAUUAUUUAAAUAAGUUAAAAAUAGAAUUGAAUGAAUCUAGAAUAAAACAAGAAGAAUUACUUACUGAGUUAAACAGUGCCCAUUUGAAACGUGAUCAAUUAGUUGAGGAUAUUUCUAAAGUUCUAGGUGAUUUAUCUAUAACUGAAAAUGCAGAGGAUUUAUCAACAAUUUUAUGUAAACGUAUUAAUGAUAUAAAAGAACAAAUAGCUGGACAUGAAAAAGUUCGUCAAGAUUUAGAAAAAUAUUGUCAAACACUAGAAAGUGAACGUAAUGAUCUUGAGAGUGAGCUGACAAGAGUCAAUGUGACCUUGAAAAAUUCCAAUGAAAUACAAAUGGAUAAUUCAACCUUGAAAGAAGAACUUGAUAAUGCACGACAAAAGAUGUUUUCAUUAGAGAAAAGUGCUUCUAAUGCAUUUAGUCAACUUGAGAUCAAAUCGAAUGAGUUACAAGCCAUUCAAUCACAGUUGGAUAAAGUUUUAAGUGAACAAAUGGAGCUUGAAAAAGUACACAACCAUACCAUAACAGUUUUAGAAUCUGAGAAACAAGUAUUGUUGGAGCGUAUUAAAGAGGCAGAAAGUCGUUUACUUGAACAUCAACCAAAUUCGUCAACUGAGCUUACAAAUCAGUAUGGACAGUCCGACAUUAAUAGAUUAAUUGAAGAAAAGGCUUCAACUGAAUCACAAGUGAAUUUUCUCAAUUCCAUCAUUGUUGAUCUACAUGCUAAAAACGCUGAACUAGAAUCUCGUGUACGAGCAAUGCUUGUCGGAACGGAUGAACAAUUAAACUUACUUUCUAAUAAACAUAUCAAAUCACGUAAUCCACCAUUACCUACACGUCUAUGGUGUGAUAAUUGUCUUGUAUUUGACAGUCAUGAUACAAAAGACUGUUCGCAGGCAAAUGGAAAUAAUCCCUCACAUCAACAUUAUAGCACUAAUGGUGUGAUUAAAAACUCAAUAAACCAUGAUGAAAUUCCUAGAAAGUCAUCUUUAAAAAAUUUUCAUAA